GAAACUUUAUGCGAUUCAACGAAAUGACGUUUACUAGUCCUUUACCCCUCGCCAUCUCUCUCCCUCUUGUAAGGUAUCUCUCUCCUCCUUAUUUACAGAACAACAACCUCUAAACCCUAAGCCUCCGCAACUAUGAUGGGCACCCUGCAACUCAAUAGUGGUUCAAUAAUGUUGGUUUUCCUGGUUCUCUAUGGCUUGCAUAGGCUCAUUUCGUUUCUUUGGUGGAGACCCAAGAGAACUCAAAAACUUUUCAGGUCACAGGGGAUCAAAGGACCCUCAUAUAAACUUUUGCUUGGCAACCUCAAAGACUUGGCCCAAAUCAAACAGCAGCACAAAUCUCAGACCCAAAAAGGAGUCGCUACUUCAAAGCAUGACAUUGUUUCGGGCAUUAUGCCUCACAUCAACGUUUGGAGAAAAAAAUAUGGUAGUGUGUACUUGUACUGGUUUGGGACAAGUCCUAGGCUUGUAUUGAUGGAGCCGGAGCUCAUAAGAGAGAUGACGGUCACCAAAUCAAAGCAUUUUGUAAAGAACAUAACUAACCCAUACCUAAAUGAAAUGUUGGGCAACAGUGUUGUUAUUAUUAAUGGAGAGGUGUGGGAGAGCCACAGGAAGAUUCUCAAUCCCUUUUUCAACUUGGAAUCCUUAAAGGGAAUGGUUCCCAUUGUGGUUAGAAUCACAAAAGAAAUGGUUAAUAGAUGGAAGGAUUCAGCUACAUGUGGAACAAGAGAGAUUGAGGUUCAGAAAGACUUACGAGCACUAACAGGCGACGUCAUAGCAAGAACGGCAUUUGGGGACGAGUUUAAGCAAGCCCACGCCAUAUUUGAGUUGCUAUUGGAGCAAUCGAAAAUGAAUGCGCAAGCCAUGAGAACAUUCUAUAUCCCAGGUUCAUGGUACUUGCCUACACCAUUCAACCGCAAAUACAAGAGACUUAACAAAGAAGGGGAUAGGUUAUUCAAAGAGCUUAUCGAAGGCCAAGAUAUUGGAUUGUCCCAACAAUAUGGCAUCCUUGAGCUCAUGUUGUCUGAAAACAGAAAAGCAAAGUCAAUGUCCACGCAAGAUAUUAUUGAUGAGUGCAAGACCUUCUUUGCUGCUGGUUAUUCAACCACAUCUCUUUUGCUUUCAUGGGCAACCAUGUUACUAGGGAUGUACACAGAAUGGCAAGAGAGGGCACGAGAAGAAGUCCGGGAUGUGCUUGACGGUGGUCCACCCACUUUCGAAAACCUCAAUCGACUCAAGACUUUGAACAUGAUAUUGAAUGAGACUCUCAGGCUUUACUCUCCGGCAACACUCACGAUGCGGAAGGCGAAUGAAGAAACAAAGUUGGGAAACCUGACUGUCCCUGCCGGAACAGUUGUUGAAGUGCCCAUCAUAGCUAUCCAUCAUGAACCUGAACAAUGGGGAGAUGACGUGCACCAGUUCAACCCUGGUCGUUUCAAAGAUGGAGUUUCUAAGGCAUCAAAACAUCCUAUGGCAUUCAUGCCUUUCGGACAUGGGCCAACGAUGUGUAUGGGGAUGAACUUUGCCAUGAUAGAAUCCAAGAGUGCAUUGGCCAUCAUCCUACAAAACUUCUCCUUUGUUAUCUCUCCAACUUAUAAGCAUUCACCCCAGUGUGGUGUAACUCUCGGUCCUGAACAUGGUGUCCAUAUCAUACUCUCCAAGAUAUAGCCCAAUUAAAAGGCUCAUGAAGUAUUUAGUCUUUAGAAUGGUUUGCUGAUAUCUAUGUAUCUUACUAGAUUGUAGAGUGUUCUUAAUGGAAAGCACAAUGAUUUGUGUGAAG